CAUGAACACUGCGUUUACAAAUACGACUGGAUAGGCUUAGCGUGCUGAAAAGAAAGGGCCUUGGACAUUCCACUUUGUACGACGAACCCAUUGGUUUAGUUUAGGGUUUUAAUGCUCACAUCAGUUAGUGAGCUUAGCUACCGUCAAAAAGAAGAAACAGCGAGUGAGAAAGAGUGGCCCCGAUCCGAUGGCAGCGUGCUUCCUCUGUCCCUGUCCACAUCCUUCAUCUGCAUCUGCAUCUGCAUCUGCAUCUCCUUUGGAUCUGAAAGAAGAAGGAGGAGCCAUCUGCAUCACAAUCGCCAUUCCAACACACAGGAGGAGGACCAGGAUCAGAUGCAACCUCUCCGUCCCCUCAAAAACCAACGCCAUCACCAAGACCGAGCCCCACCCCGUCUGCACCUCCGUCAAAGCCUUUGCUCCAGCAACCGUCGCUAAUCUUGGUCCCGGCUUCGACUUCCUCGGCUGCGCCGUCGAUGGCCUCGGUGACACCGUCUCCCUCACCGUUGACCCACACGUCCACCCAGGAGAGAUCUCCAUCUCUGACAUAUCCGGUACGGGCAACAACACUACCAGGCUGAGCAAAAACCCUCUCUGGAACUGCGCAGGGAUCGCCGCGCUCGAAGUCAUGAAGAUGCUUGGAAUCCGCUCCGUCGGCCUCUCCCUCUCUCUUCAGAAGGGUCUCCCCUUGGGAAGUGGCCUGGGGUCCAGCGCCGCCAGCGCCGCCGCAGCCGCCGUGGCUGUCAACGAGAUCUUUGGCAACAAACUGGGGGUGCAGGAGCUCGUCCUGGCUUCCCUGAAGUCGGAGGAGAAGGUUUCUGGUUACCACGCCGACAACGUGGCUCCGGCGAUCAUGGGGGGGUUCGUGCUGAUCCGCAACUACGAGCCCCUGGAUUUGAUCCAGCUGACGUUCCCGGUGGAGAAGGAGCUUUUCUUCGUGCUGGUGACGCCAGAGUUUGAGGCCCCAACAAAGAAGAUGCGAGCUGCCCUCCCUUCGGAAAUUGGGAUGCCGCACCACGUCUGGAACUGCAGCCAGGCGGGGGCCCUAGUGGCGUCGGUCCUGCAGGGGGACUUGCCGGCGCUCGGGAAGGCUCUCUCCUCCGACAAGAUUGUUGAGCCUCGCCGUGCCCCCUUGAUUCCCGGCAUGGAGGGCGUCAAGAGAGCCGCUCUCGACGCAGGUGCUUUCGGCUGCACCAUCAGCGGCGCUGGCCCCACUGCCGUUGCGGUCAUUGACGACGAGCGCAAAGGAAUGGAGAUCGGUGAGCGCAUGGUAGAGGCUUUUCUCAAGGAGGGCAACUUGAAGGCCUGUGCUAACGUUAAGCACCUUGAUCGCGUUGGUGCUAGGCUUAUUAGUAGCACCAGGAUUUAAACGAAGAAAAAAGCAUUUAACAAAUGCCAAAGAGUUCUUUCAUAUGCACUUAAGCAGGGUGCUUUUGUUUGUGUGAAGAAGAAUCAGUACGAGUGCAUAAUAACUGUGCUGCUUCAAAAGAAAAUCUUCCCUUCUAAACUAAAGAUUUUUGUUUGGCUUCUUUACUACAAACAGAGGAGAAACAGGUUCUCGGAAAUGCAGCUUUUAGGAUUCUAAUUGCUUUUACUUGACCUUGUAAGCUUAAAAAUAAUACUUGAAUUCCAUUAAAUGUAACAGUUAAGUUCAAUAUGGUAUUUUAACUAUACCAUAUAUCCUUUCCUUCUAUCUUUGUUUUAGAAGUUGGAAAGUUUUCCUUUCAAAUUUUACUGUCUUUUGUGGGAUUAAGUUUUUGGUGCAAACUGCUGCAUUUUGAUGUAAAUAGAUUUUUGUGAUUUUUAUGUUGAA